AUAUCAUGGCCACUACUCUCUUUUAUUUUUCCUCACAACCCCACUUUUACACUGCCAGUGCCACCUCACCUCUCUUCUCUUCACAUUGAUUUUCACACUCUCUCUCUCUCAUUCUAUGAUUCACCAAACAAAGUUAUUCAAAACAAAACACAAUUCUCUUUCUCUCUGACUCCCGACACUGUUUCAUUACCCGACAAAAGCAACCUCUGCAAACAAACCAGUGACUAUACCAUAACACCACACAUCUCUCUCUCUCUCUCUCUCUCUCUCUCUCUCUCAAAUAUCAUUGCUUUACACAGUUCCACUUCCACACUCACAAGAAGAAAAUCACAAACUUCAUCUCUCUCAACUCAACACCAUACACAAACCCAACAACUCCCAUUUCUCUCUUUCACAUUCAUCUCUCCAAAGUUCUUAUCUUUUUCAAAUGGGCAAGCUUAUUUCUCUCUACAAACUUGAAUCUCGUGGCAUAGUGUAAAAAAAAAAACUAUCUUUACUCUUUUGCAAAUCAAAAAACCUUAACUUUACUCUCUCUCUCUCUCUCUAGAGAAUGGCAUGCCGGAAACUGAGCACUGUUAACUUGGAUCCAAACAGAAAGAGAAGUGGAGGAUUAAGAACACAACAAGCAGGAAGAGGGUCAUGCCGUGGUAGUUAGGAUUUGGAAUUUGGAAUCCAAAAAAAAGAAAACUUGCUUGAAAAAUGCAUAGUCAACAAGUUUGACUCUUACCCUUUUGAUUUUUCUGUUUGUGAAUGCUAUUUAGGUUUGAGAAAAGUAAAGUAAGAGUGGUUUUUUGAGAAUUACCAAAAUGGGUUUUUUGUUGAAAGAAGUUUUGAAGACUUUGUGUGGUAGUAAUCAAUGGUCUUAUGCUGUGUUUUGGAAGAUUGGUUGCAACAAUUCUAAGCUAUUAAUAUGGGAAGAAUGCUAUUAUGAACCCUUGUCAUGUCCUUCCCCUCACGGCAUUGUUGGGAUGCCAAAUUUGCCUAAUCCUAACGGGGAAGGGUGCUGGUUUUCUUCUGAGUCUCAAUCGUCUCAUCUAGGAAUACAAGAGGAGGAUAGAGUCUCUUCUUUGAUUAGCAAAAUGACGGUCAAUAAUCUAGUCAUUGUUGCAGGUGAAGGUAUAAUUGGACGUGUUGCAUUUACCAACAGUCAUGAAUGGAUUCUCUUGAACAAUUUUGCUAAAAGUGCAUAUCCACCUGAGGUAUAUGCUGAAAUGCAUCAGCAAUUUUCAGCUGGAAUGCAGACAGUAGCAGUAAUUCCUGUGCUUCCGCACGGGGUUAUUCAACUUGGUUCUUUCUAUCCGAUAAUGGAGAAUAUGGGAUUUGUGCAUGAAGUAAAGAGCCUGAUCUUGCAACUAGGGUGUAUUCCUAAUGCCCUUCUAUCCGAGGACUAUUCAGCUAAACUUUCACAUGAAAGACUUGAUGGACGUGCUACUUCCGGUGUGCCUGGUACAUCAGUCAUUACCUCAAAUUCCACUCCUUCAGUGGUUAAUGGCUCCAAUCAGCAAAGUUAUUCAUUUCAUGCUUCAAAGCCUAUUGUUCAAAGACAUGAUAGAGUUGUGGAAGCUAAAGUAAUACCCUCAAAUUUCAAUUCAAAUCUGCAAAAGCAUUCUGUUUCAUAUAACGGAAGAUCUGAAUUCAAUAACUUAGCUGGUUCUGAGCCGUUUGGUCUAUCAGGUCCAAGUGAUUAUAACCUAAAAUAUAUGGAACAACAAAUCUUAUCAGCAGUUGGGAAUCAAGAUAAUGUUAAUCCUUGUAUUAAUGUGUCAAGUUCCCUAAACAUUUCUCAACUAAAAACGGACGGAAGCCAUAACGUUGGCGGUGGCAGUACUUCAUUUCUUAGAGGAAUCCCAGUACACGGUGGGAUGAAUAGUCUAUUGAGGACAAAUCUGAUUACUAGUUCAGAAUCACUGAAUGAUAGUUCAAAUUUGACUGGUCGAUCAGGUGUCGUUCACAUGCCUCUAGAAUGUUCUGAUCAGAAGAUUCUUCCCGAAGUUUCAAACUUUGCUUCAAGAGGUCAAAAGAUAGACUAUGACAUGCUUCAGGCCUCUAACAUCACCUUUUUUAAUCCGGCGGAACAUGUGCCUAUUAAUAGUCAUAUCCCUGGUUUUGAUCAUGAUUGCUUUCAGAAAGAUGGUGGUACUAAUCAAUCUGUGAUGACAACGAAUCCUAAACACGAGGAAACUUGUGCUCAACAAUCUCCAUCGGGCGGUGACGACCUGUUUGAUAUUUUAGGUGUUGAUUUUAAAAACAAACUUCUCAAAGGACACUGGAAUGAACUGUUUGCUGAUGAAUCAGAUGCCAAUGCUGAAAAUAUGGUUAAAAAGGAAAUAUCUACGAACAAAGAGGGUACAGAUUCUGGUUAUUAUUCAGUUAACGAAUCAAUGUUGGACAGUGGCAUUUUUUCUGGCAUGUCAACAGACAACCUCUUAGAUGCUGUGGUCUCAAAGGCCCAACGUCCUUUGAUACAUAAUUCGGAUGACAUGUCUUGCAAGACAACCUUGACCGGGAAUAGUAGUAUCACCUCUAUUCCCUCUCGUGUUUGCAAGCAGGUUAUGUCCGGUAAUUUCAAAGAGGGUUUGUUUGGUUUUUCGAAGAAUGGAGGUAAAACGGGAGCCUUAGAAACUAGUUCUCUAAGGUCUGGUUGUAGCAAGGAUGAUACUGGAAACCUCUCUCAAACAACUACUAUAUGUGGUUCCCAACUUAGUUCAUGGUUGGAGAAUGGUGGCAAUGUGAAGCGUGAAAAUAGUGUUUCAACUGGAUGCUCUAAGCGCCCGGACGAAGCUUGCAAACCUAAUCGGAAAAGGCUUAAACCAGGUGAGAAUCCCAGGCCUAGACCUAAAGAUCGUCAAAUGAUUCAAGAUCGCGUCAAAGAGUUACGAGAGAUUGUUCCAAAUGGAGCGAAGUGUAGCAUAGAUGCACUGCUGGAACGGACCAUUAAGCAUAUGGGUUUCUUGCAAAGUGUGACAAAGCACGCCGACAAGCUGAAACAGACCGGGGAUUCUAAGAUCGUUAGUAACGAAGGUGGGCUGCUUUUGAAAGACAACUUUGUGGGAGGGGCUACAUGGGCAUAUGAGGUUGGCUCCCAAUCAAUGGUUUGUCCGAUUAUAGUCGAAGAUUUGAAUCCGCCUCGUCAGAUGCUAGUAGAGAUGCUUUGUGAGGAACGCGGUUUCUUUCUAGAAAUAGCUGACUUAAUCAGAGGAUUGGGCUUAACAAUCUUAAAGGGGGUAAUGGAAGCCCGCAACGACAAAAUUUGGGCACGUUUCGUUGUUGAGGCAAACAGGGACGUAACGAGAAUGGAAAUAUUUAUGUCACUCGUUCGUCUUCUAGAGCAAACAAUGAAGGGUAACGCGUCUUCUUCGAAUGCAAUUGAUGACAUGAUAGGUUACAACACUUUACCACAGAAGGCCUAAUAGUACUAUUAAACCAAUCACUUUUCUUCUAAAGUAUGGAUGUGUUGAGAGCAAGUCGAGUAAUACUUGCCAUGACCAACAUCAAAUCCGCGAUAUCAUGUGGUCUUAACAUUGUCUAACUUUCUAUUUUACAUCUCAUAUAUGAAAUUUUCAUAUAUGAAUCCAUUUUGAAGAGGAAUGAAAGUGUAGGUAGUGAAAACUGAAAAGCAUCUCAAGAUUAAGAAUAUGUAUUCUUAUAUUGUAACCGAGUGUUUAUUUUUCUGGUGUUAGCCAACAUGUCGUGUAUCAUGUGUUGCCGUGAUUAUCUUCUGAUCCAUUACUCAACUCUCAGAUGACAUGCAUCGAUUUUAUUUGCGCGAUGGUGCAAUUCCAGCAGCAUUUUGGAAGUUGGUAGUGAUUUAUAUGAGAUGUAUAGAUAGAUAUUGAAGGGUAUGGAAAGAAAAGGUUCAUGUGGUCAUGUUAGCAAUGCAUUUUUUCUUUUGUUGCUCUUCUACUUUUAGUGUUAUUACAUUAUUACAUGAAAUACUCAAAUGUUGUAAAAGUGAGUGUGGUUUUGUAUGUCAGGUGGAACUUGGAAGCAAUAUAAGGUUACAGUAGUAUUGGUUUAUAUUUAUUUAAAAAAAAAUAGUAUUGGUUUUAUAUAUA